AUGUCGAUCGAUGUACUCGUCCAACCGGUCGAUAGUCCUGAUGACUUCCCUCAUAUUUACCACUGCAUAAGCGAAGCCUUUGGCCGGCAAAUCAAAGACUCGAUUUGGAUAGCCAUGAAUUCGAAAUGGAACACCCCAGAAGGCCAGAAAGGAGGCGCCUCCAAGCUGCUUGAGCGCUGGCAAUCCGCGACGAAGAAUAAAGAGGGCCAACCUAAUACCGUCAUCUUGAAGGCGACUCUGCGGGAUCCCCAAGAUGGGUUCAAGCUCAAAAUUGUCGGCGCGGCCAUCUGGUCUCAAGCUUCCUUCGUGGACGGGUACGGUGACCCGCCGACGGACAGCCCUGCUGGCCUAGCGGCUCUGACUCCAACCGAAAGGCGCUUCGCGAGCCAGAUGUAUCGCUCGCUCUGGAAACGCCGGGUUUCCCUCGCUCGGGAAAAAGCGACCUCGGACUCCCCGGCUAUGUUUAUGCUCGAUACAUGUGCCGUCGACCCAGCUUUCCAGCGAAGAGGUGUUGCGGCAAAGCUGGUGGAAUGGGGCCUUGAGGAGGCGAAGCGGAGGGGGGGAUUACAGUGCACGACUGAGGCGUCACCUAUGGGGCGGAGAGUGUACAAGAAGCUUGGGUUUGGGGCGGAGGGUGCGGAAGAGGAUCUUGUGUAUGAGGUUGAUGAAGAAUUCAGGAGUCGCGAUAAGCCGGAGAUUUUGUUUAUGCAUACUUGGGCUAGUCAGCGAAAGCUGUAG